AUGAGCGAGUCUGUCCGACCGGUGAAAAAGAAACGUGUGAAUGUCCGCCGCCCUGAUGUGAUGGAGUUGGUGCAGGCUGAGGUGAAUCGACAUUACAGUUCGCCCAUCGUGGAUAAGCUGCGGAAUAAUGGCGGGUCGCUGACGGUAAAGAAUACGACGGUGCGCUUGGCGCAGCAAUUUGGGUUUUGUUAUGGCGUGGAGAGAGCGAUUGAUCUGGCGUAUGCUUCGCGGCGGGUUUUUCCGGAAGAACGAAUUUUUUUAAUCGGUGAGAUUAUCCAUAAUCCUGAAGUCAAUCGACAGCUGGAAGAAAUGGGGAUCGUUUCUCUGCCGUGGCGUGAAAUUUCAGAAGAUUAUGACGCGUUAAGUGAAGAAGAUGUCGUGAUUGUGCCCGCUUUUGGAGCGCCGCUUUCUUUUAUCGAUAAAGUAGAGAGGCAGGGGUGUCAUAUUAUUGAUACGACUUGUGGGGAUGUGAUGAAGGUCUGGAGACAGGUGAAGACUUACGCGAAGUCCGGCGUGACCUCGCUCAUCCACGGGAAACGCGGACAUGAGGAGACACGGGCGACGGCGUCUCGGGCGACGGGGGUUGAUGGUAAGGGUCAUUAUCUAAUUGCGCUGACUUUGGAGGAGGUGGAUUAUGUUUGUCGAUUUAUGCUGGAGGGUGGUGAUAAAGAGGAGUUUUUUAGGAAGUUUGAAAAAGCGCAUUCGGAGGGAUUUGAUCCCGAUCUGCAUUUGAGGCAAAUUGGAGUGGCGAAUCAGACGACGAUGUUGAAGAGUGAAACAGAGGAGAUUCAAAAUCGAGUUCGCAAAGUUAUUGAGAAGCGCGAUGGCCCUGAGGAAAAUUUUAUGUUUUUUGAUACGAUCUGCGGGGCGACGCAAGAACGUCAGGAUGCUCUCUUUGAUAUGCUGAAAAAGCCGAUGGAUUUGCUUUUGGUCGUUGGGGGAUACAAUAGCUCAAAUACAACGCAUUUAGUUGAGAUCGGGGUGCAGUCAUUGCCGACUUAUUUUAUCCGGGAAGCAUCGUGUCUCGAAUCUCUGGAAACGAUUGUGCAUUAUGAUAUCGAGAAGCAUAAAGAGGUCAGUGGACGCAAUGUCUUGAGUCGCUUUGAUAUGAAGCCUGCGACGAUUGGCAUUACUGCCGGGGCUUCUUGUCCGGGUAAUUUGAUCGAGGAUGCGAUCGUCAGAGUGCUGGCUUUGAGAGGGAUUUCGAAGGAGGAAAUUGAGAGUGUUUCGGUGUGA